UUGUUCAUAAAAAGAAGAAAAAAAAGGGGAAAGCAGAACCAUCAUCAUCAUCAUCGAGGUCAGCUAUGUUUUGCCUCCGGAUUCACUCCCUGGACUCCCUCACCGCCUCCGCGGCCGCCGCCUCCUCCUCCUCCGGCCAAUCAGGAGGAGGGGGAGGAGGAGAAUUUCAAGAAUCAGAAGGAAGCAGCAGCAGCAGCGCGAUCACAAGCGCGGAUCCAAGAAUCCAAGUUAUAAAGGGUACCAUCCACCUCUAUCGAAAUGGACCCCACCCCAUCCCCUCCUCCUCCAACUCCUCCUCCGCUGCCCCCGGUUGCUUUCCAGACCCUCUCCUUCUCCCUGCUGGGAGAGGAACGCUUCUGUUUGUCCUCGCCGUCCCCAACCGCCUCUCUGCUGAUGAUUUCCUUCGCUUCUGCGGCUCCUAUGCCGACCGCUCCUCCGACAUCAGAGUCAUCAGGAAUGAUGCUAUGGAAGACCGAUAUAGUGUCCUGGUUAAGUUUGAUGAGCAGAAGAGUGCUGACACCUUCUAUCUUGAACUCAAUGGGUGGCGCUACCCUUCUGCAGAGGGAGAGGUUUGCCAUAUACUAUUUUUAGACCCUGUUGAGUUUACUGAAUCAACAGAAAUUGCUGGUACUCCCCCUACAGGUUCUACAGAGUUACCCACCUGUCCUGUGUGCCUUGAGAGAUUGGAUCAGGAUAUUAGUGGGAUUAUUGCAACCACUUGUGAUCAUUCUUUCCAGUGUUCGUGCAUAUCUAAAUGGGCUAAUUCAUCUUGCUCUGUCUGUCAUUUUUGUCAAGAGCAUUCUGAGAAACCUGCAUGCUCUAUUUGUGGAACUUCCUUGAACCUCUGGAGCUGUGUAAUUUGUGGCUUUGUAGGUUGUGGCAGAUACAAAGAAGGGCAUGCUGUUAGACAUUGGAAAGACACUCAGCAUUGUUAUUCUCUUGAUUUGGAAACACAACGUGUUUGGGAUUAUGUUGGUGACAGUUAUGUCCAUCGACUUAAUCAAUCAAGAGGUGAUGAUAAGUUGGACAAGUUGAAGUCCAACUGUAGAUAUACUACAGAAAAUUGUGAAAGCUUAACAUGCAGUGAAGAAGACCCUGGAAUUUAUUCAACUAUGUUGAACAGCAAAGUUGAAGCGAUGGUGGAUGAAUAUAACCGUCUGCUUGCAAGUCAGCUUGAAAGUCAGAGACAGUAUUAUGAGGGUCUACUUGAGGAGACUAAAGAAAAGAGGGGAAAAUACAUAUUUGAAGAAGUAGAUAAGGCUGUAACUUUGAAGAUGCAAGAUCUCCAGCGGAAGAUUGAAGCUGUUAUGAAGGAAAAGAAAAUUGUUUCUGAUAAUAAUGAGAGCCUUGUAAAAAAUCAGAACAUUUGGCGUGAAAGAAUCAAAGAAAUUGAAGACAGGGAGAAAGAAAAUCUCAGAUUGAAAGACGAGAAAAUCCGUGAUUUGGAAGAACAGAUAAGGGAUUUUACUGUUUUUGUUGAGGCCCAGAAAGUUCUGGACAACAUGGGAGAUGCUGGCGGAAUUCAAGGUGGGACUCUGUUGCCUGUUCCAUCUCCUCCACCUUCGUCGACCAGAAGCAAAAGAUCUUCAAAGGGAAACCGAAGGCCGAACUAACUUCUGUACAUGUUAGGUAUUAAAGAGAAAAGAAUGGAGCUGUUGUACAUAUUACAGCAUCAGGUAUUAAAGGUAAUAGUUUCUGUUAACCAAGGUAUAGACGUAGAAAAAGUUUGGAAAUGUAUAGACGUAGAAAAAGUUGGAAAUGUAUCUCCUGAAAAAAUUUGAUUUAAAAACGGCUACCCGUGAGCACAUAUAAGGCUGCUGAUUGUACA